UUAGAAUCUUAGAGUUUGUUUGUGUUUCUAGACAAGUGUAGAGGGCCACGCAUGCAAUUAAAAUCUCCAUCUUCAUCUCCCCCACUUGCCAACUAAAUUCCACCAUCCAUUUUCAAAACAAUACCCAAAAUAAACACCUUCCGCCACCCAUGUCUUCCAUUCUCACCUCUCAAGGUCUCGUCAUUGCCACCGCCAUGGUCGUCUCCUCCACCGCUCUCUUCCUCGCCUUCUCCAAGCACCACAAGAUCAAUCCCCUCCCUUCCAAAGCCCUUCUUUCUUCCUGCUUUUCCUCUGACAAGAGGAAGAAGAAGAAGAAGAAGAAGAAGAAGGUGAGAUUUGCAGAGGAUGUGAAGGAGCCAAAAGGGAAUGGAGAAGAGUACAGAAGAGAGCACGAUGAGAGAGUGGGUAUGGCGGAAAGAAGAAGAACAACAACAAGUAGCAGCUGCUGUCGAAAUGAAAUUCCUGCAAAUCGUGUUGCUUUGUAUAAUGGAAUGCUCAAACAACGAUCGCUAAGAACCCAAUGUUCAUUUUGAUCAAAACUCUCUGUUUUUACCCUUUUUCUUUCUUCUUCUUUCGUUUCUUCUCUUCUUUUCUCUGUUUCAGGAAGAAAAAAAAAA